UCGGAAAUCAAUGUAUUCAGUUCUUUUUGACAGAUAAUCUGAAGACCCUGAAAACAAAGACGUUUCUUUACUUUAUAAGUUUCUUUUCCUUUGUUUCAGCCGUCCUCACGAGCCCAUUAACUGUUUUUCUUCUUUUUUGCCUUUAAAACCCAGAAUUUAAUUCUUGGUCCUUGCUCUUCAACUCCUCUGUUUUUCUCUGCAACUCUAUUUUUAUUCUUUCGUUCUGCUUUCUCUUUCCUUCAACGAUGCACAGGUCAUCAAGCACUGGUCGAGCCUCUUUUGAGUUCAAUGUCGACUUACCUCAGGCUGUAAAGGCCUCCCAAGGCCUUAAAACUAUGGAUGAAGAUAGGCUACCAUUGUACAGUUCCACCUCCGAUGAUACCAAGAAGGAAGCUUCUUCCCAUAAAAAAUCGCCAGGGGAGAAUUGGGUUCAUCUCAUUCCACUUAUUGUGAUCAUCUGUUGGGUCAUUCUGUGGUUUUUCUGUCGUCCAGUAGAUAUAGUGCAAAAGCCUGUGUUGACUGUUGAAAGUGUUGGAGGUCUGAAUACCAAUGGUCAUGGCAAUCAGAUUAGUUUGCUAUCAUCGAUGAAAUUGAAGGACAUUGAUCAGCUAGAACAUAAAUGGAACAGAAAACCUCAAAAAACUUCAGUUAAUGAAUAAGGAUGAGGAGGGUUCUCUUAUUCCAGUUAGAAUGCUAUGGACAUUGUUCACUUCUUUAUAUUUCAUCUCAAAUGAAGGAAAUCUCUCACUUUAAAGUCAAAUGAGAACCUGAUACAUGUACCCUUCUUCCAAUUUUUUUGCUUCUAUAAAUGAAGUACAAUAAACUGAUGCAACAUCUGAAUUUUAGUA